AAUUCAAUAUUUUUUUCAAAAUAUAAUGACGAACAUGAUUUUUGUUUAUUAAAAGAUUUGAGAUUAGAAACUACUAUUGAACUCAUGAUAAUAUUAAAUUUUCAGCUUAUUAAAACAUUUGAAAUUAGAAAGGUCAAUAAUGGCAUAAAAUCUAAUUUUACUAUAUCCAGAAAUCAUUGUCUAUAAAUACGCGCGCAACGCGGCACUGUUAGUUUAUUCCAUUAUCAAUUUUCAAAAAUCCAACCACAACAACGUCUCAAUUUUCAUACUCAGAAGCAUAACAAAAGUUUCUUGCAGUGGAGGAAGGAAGAAACGACGCCGUUUUGAGGAAUUCCGGGAGCAAAAAAUAUUGAAUUUAAUCCAAUAUAAAAUUGUCUGAAGAUAAAUGGACAGUGGUUCGGAGAAUCAUAUGUUGUCUCAUUCAUCUGAAGAUGAUGAAUACAGGACUGAGAAAUAUGGCUGCUCGCAUUAUAGGAGAAGGUGCAAGAUUAUCGCACCUUGUUGCAACGAGAUUUUCGAUUGCAGGCACUGCCACAACGAUGCAAAGAACUCGUUAGACGUUGAUCCACUCGAACGACAUGACAUCCCGCGUCACGAAAUAAAAACGGUGAUCUGCUCGUUGUGUGACACAGAACAAGAUGUUCAGAAAACGUGUAUUAACUGUGGCGUUUGUUUCGGAAAGUACUAUUGCUCGAAAUGCAAAUUCUUUGACGACGACGUUUCGAAGAAUCAAUAUCACUGCGAGAAAUGCGGAAUAUGCAGAACUGGUGGUGCAGAAAACUUUUUCCAUUGUGAUAGAUGUGAAUGUUGCUAUUCGAAUUCAUUGAAGGAUUCACACAUAUGCGUAGAGAGAGCUAUGCAUCACAACUGCGCCAUUUGCUUCGAGUAUCUUUUCGAUACUACAAGAGGCAUUACCGUGCUGCCAUGUGGACACACUAUUCAUCUCGAAUGUGUUAAGGAGAUGGAACACCAUUUCCAAUAUGCUUGCCCUGUUUGCUCGAAAUCAUAUUGCGAUAUGACCCCUAUCUGGGAAAGGCUCGAUCAGGAGGUUGCUUCAACGCCUAUGCCUCCAAUGUACCAAAAUAAAAUGGUGUGGAUACUGUGCAACGACUGUGGAGAAACACGCGAGGUGAACUAUCAUAUAGUUGCGCACAAAUGCUUGAGUUGCAAUUCGUACAAUACGAGGCAGACUAGGGGUGGUCAAGCUACGUGUUCGUCCACCAAUGUGUCGGAGAUCGUUAGAUGAGAUCUUAAUUUAUUUUAAGGCUAAUUAAAUUUGAUUUAAUUCAGUUAAGUAGUAUUAUAAUUUAUUUAUUUUCGUGUUCCAUGUAUUCUUCAUUUAAUUCUCUUGUAUCAAGCUAAGUAUGAAUUAUUUACUCUUUUUUCAUUAUGACUUACGAGUGAGGUUUACGAAAUUAU